AUGUGGACUGCAGCGAAGGCCUCCUUCCUGGUGCUGAUCACAGGGGAAAUCACCUUAGGGAUGCUGGGAAAUGGGUUCAUUGCGCUGGUCCACUGCAGGGAGUGGGUCAAGAAGGGCAAGAUCUCAGCAGCUGACUUCAUCCUGACCAGCUUGGCUGCGGCCAGAAUCCUUCAACUGGGGGUAACACUACUGGACUCAUUUAUCGUGGGGCUCUUUCCCCUCAUGUAUGGCUCUGGUACGGCAGCAAGAGUGGUGACUUUGCUCUGGUCACUAAGUAAUCACUUAGCUACCUGGGCAGCCACCUGCCUCAGCGUGUUGUACCUCCUGAAGAUCGCCACCUUCUCCCACUUCUUUUUCCUCUGGCUGAAGUGGAGAAUGAACAGAGUGGUCCUUGUCAUUUUCCUGGGGUCCUUGUCUUUCCUGUGCGCAGACGCCCUCCUGCAGGAUGCUCUCACUGAGCUCUGGAUGCUCUCCUAUAGAGGACAAGAAAGAAAUGCCACUGUGUGUGAGGAUGCAAAUCAUCCUGCCUACCUGAGAAGCCUGAUCCUCCUUAGCAUGACCUAUGUUAUCCCCUUUCUCCUGUCCCUGAUCUCCUUGGUCCUUUUAUUUCUGUCCUUGGUGAGACACACCAGGAAUUUGCGGCGCGGCUGUGUGGGUUCCCGGGACCCCAGCACUGAGGCCCACAAAAGGGCCAUGACAAUGGUGAUGACCUUCCUCCUCUUCAGCGUCAUCUACUUUUUCUCCAUUCUAUUAGCAAGCUGGGAUGUGUUUAAGAUACAUAGGUUUUGGGCCAAGAUGUGUUUUGUGAUGUUUUCAAGUACUUUUCUCUCUGGUCACUCAUUUAUCAUAAUUUUUGAAAACAGCAAACUAAGGCAGGUUGCCUCAAGAUUAUUGUGGCAUCUUAAGUUUUUUGGAGGAAUAGCAAAGCCCUUAGCUUCAUAG